GAGCUGAAUCAGCCUAUCGGAGAAGAGGCAGGAGUCCUUGCAAAAUUCCUUGGCAUGGUUGCUAGGAAUGGCUCCUUGUGUAGCUUAAGCUUCAAGGAUUGGAGACUACUUAUAGGAAAGAAAGAUAGGAACCAUAAACAAAUCAAUAAGGAGGCCAUUCUUAAUCAAGUAAAGAAGAGAUUUCUUUACCCUGCCCGCAUGGAAACAUGGGUGCUGCGAACAAUUGGAGAGAGAUGGAGGCAACACAAGUCCAAUUUGAAAUCCAUUUAUUUUGACCCACAUAAGAGUCAGGAUGCUAAUAAUAGUAAUGCUCCUGAUGGUGUAUUAGCUGAUCAGUGGGUUGCGCUUGUCAAUAAUUGGAUGACCCCUAAAGCACAGGAUUUAAGUGAGGCCAAUAGGAUAAAUUGUACAAGAAGAAAGUCAAUGCAUACAUCUGGAACAAAAAGCUUUGCUCGGAAUAGAGAAGAAUUGGGCUAUCCAGAUGCUCCUUUAUCGCCACCAACAGAUGUUCGUCCUGCUAUGAAACGACAAGGCUAUCUAGAUGCUCCUUUAUCGCCACCAACAGAUGUUCGUCCUGCUAUGAAACGACAACGAAUUUAUUGUCAACUUCGUAGUGAAGAUUCUAGUAUGUUUGGUGAACGGAAUAACACAAUGGAGGAUGAAAACGAAGAUGAUGAGUACGAGGAACAGCACUCACACUACAAAUGUUCUAAAAUUCAGGAUAAGAGCAAGCCACCACAGUCACGACGUGAAGCACUCCAUGCUAGUAGAGUUUCUGCAUCAAUAAAGGUUUCCACAGAUAUUUUCUUAAAGAGCACAAGAUAUCCAAACAGGAAGGUUGCCUUAGGCAGAGUACUUAGCCAGGACCCCAAAACCAAAGUUGGAGAUGUUGCUUUAGGCAAAGAAUUUUGGAUGGUGCGUGUUAGUCUGGUAUCUGUGCGCGAUGAACCACUAAUAAGGCCAUAUAACAACUUCAAGGUUCUUGGACAAGUAGGCAAUAAUCCAAUUGCAUGGCCUUCAAGUUGUAUUGAAAAGGUUAACUGAUAACAUGGGAUGAAUAAUAGCGCCGGGAUUGCUAAGGUAUUUAAUUGGCCCC